UUUGUUUUUUUCUAUGCAUUUCCAUAGUCCAAGCCCAGCAAUACGAUGUAAUGACUUCUCCAGUUCGGAAAAGAGUAGAUUCUGCUGCAAGGUCCAUGUAUGACUGGCUUGAGUAUAAUUAAUUGCGCAUGCUGGAAAGCAGCAGUGACUGUCAACGAACACCGUCGAUGAGCCCGUGCUCGCGGAAGAACGAGCAUAUGAAAGGCGCCAGAUACGCGGACGCAGCCUCGCUGAGAUGAUGAUAGUCUGAAUAAGCCAACUAGUCGGUCUCAGGAAUGAACGGGCUGCAAAAUUCCCUGCUGCAGAAAAGGCCCUCCACCCCGAAGUACAGCCAGUCGUUCCUCGCACUCACGGCCACGAGGACCGGGCUCCGCAUCACCUCGCUCCUGGCGGGGAAGCACCAUGGCGGCUGGAUCAUCGGCAUCACGCGGCACCGCGAGGGGUCCUCAGUUUUCAAGAAGCUGUACUGGUCCCCAAAAACAACGAGCGCUGCGCCCUUGGAUUUGACGACGGCGGCCCAUUCCUCCAGAAAAGACAGGCGUCUUCAAUACUUGCUGAUCCAUUCCUUGCUGGCAUGACGUCUCUUGGCCUGCUCUAUGAAGAAACUCAUCGCCACGACGUCUCCUGGCCGCAAAGUCCUGGCAACAAUUUGCUGCAGCUCCGUCCGAACGCCACUCCACGGGUUCUCCUCGGAGUUCGUCUCGAUCAUAUUCCUGGCACCUUUGCUGGCCCAGCUGCGAAUGUCGAAUCCAACCAGCCCUCUGUGUGCAGGUGGUCUAGACAGGCUCCUCUUCCAACCUCCUUCUUCCCCUUCGGGGAGGGGUUUAUCACUGUUCCCUA